CCUCAGUUCCCCACAUAUUGAUGGCGUCCAUUGGCAGACUCCUAGUAAACCUCUGUUUCCUACGGAUAUAUGGUCUCCAAUGGCAGACUCCUACUAAACAUCAGUUUCUUACAUAUUCAUGGCCUCCGUUGCCAGACUCCUACUAAACCUCUGUUUUCCACACCACAUUUUUUAUAUAUAUAAAGACUCGGAUCUUGGUUAUUUGAUUUAAUCUGAAAAAUGGCUUCUCAGAUUUGGGUGAUGGGCAUCUGCGUUUGGAUGUGUGUGUUCAGCUGUGGCUUCAUUUCUGUGAGCUCAAGGACUGUUGGAUAUGGGGCUGUUUUCAUUGAUUGGAAAGCAGCCAUUGGGAGGAUUGAUGAUGAUUUUGUUUGUGCAACGUUGGAUUGGUGGCCGCCUGAGAAAUGUGACUAUGGAACAUGCAGCUGGGGUCGUGCUUCUCUGCUCAAUCUGGAUCUUGGCAACAAUAUUCUAUUAAAUGCCAUAAAAGCUUUUUCUCCGUUGAAACUUCGACUGGGUGGGAGUUUGCAAGAUAAGGUGAUAUAUGGUAGUGAAGAAAAGCAGCAACCUUGUAUUCCUUUUGCCAACAAAACCUCAGAGAUGUUUGGUUUCACCAAGGGUUGCUUACCCAUGCAUAGAUGGGAUGAAUUAAACAACUUCUUCAACAAAUCUGGGGCUAAGAUUAUUUUCGGCUUAAAUGCUCUCUAUGGCAAAUCUAUUCAGUCUGAUGGGUCUGCCAUUGGAGCUUGGAACUACACUAAUGCUGAAUCUCUAAUACGUUAUACUGUCAAAAACAACUACACCAUUCAUGGUUGGGAACUGGGAAAUGAAUUGAGUGGGGAUGGAGUGGAAACAAGAGUUGCAGCAGAUCAGUAUGCCUUAGACACUAUCUCUUUGCAAAGGAUAGUCCAAAAUAUUUACAGUGGGAUAGAGCCGAAGCCCCUGAUCAUAGCACCAGGAGGAUUCUUUGAUGCAAACUGGUUCAAAGAAUUCUUAGACAAGGCAACCACAUCUUUGGAUGUCGUCACCCACCACAUAUAUAAUCUAGGAGCAGGAGUUGAUGAGCACCUCGUUGACAAGAUCCUUGACCCAUCCUAUCUUGAUGGUGAGGCUAAUACGUUUAGGGAACUCCAUGACAUCCUCAAGACUUCUGCAACUUCAGCAACCGCCUGGGUUGGUGAGGCAGGAGGGGCUUACAACAGUGGCCACAACCUUGUCACCAAUGCAUUUGUGUUUAGUUUCUGGUACUUGGAUCAGCUUGGAAUGGCAUCCGCCUACAACACAAAGACAUACUGCAGACAGUCUUUUAUUGGCGGAAACUACGGUUUACUUAACACCACUACCUUUGAACCAAAUCCAGACUACUACAGUGCUCUUCUUUGGCACCGACUAAUGGGAAGGAAAGUUCUGUCGACUAGCUUUUCUGGGACAAAGAAAAUACGUGCUUAUGCGCACUGCGCAAAACAUUCUAAAGGAAUCACAAUAUUGUUAAUCAACCUAGACAACAGCACCACUUUCCAGGCCAAAGUAGCCUUCAAUAGUAGUUGGAGUUUGCGACACCAGCGCAGGGCUCAUAGAAGCCGAUACAAGCACAAGACUUGGGGUUUAAGACAUAAGCACAGGUUUCAUAAAAUUCGACCAGCUCAUAGAAAAAUUGAAAGUGGAAGAGAAGAAUACCAUCUAACAGCAAAAGAUGGGAAUUUACACAGCCAAACGAUGCUGCUAAAUGGAAAUGUUUUAACUGUAAAUUCAUCUGGGGAAAUACCUCCUUUGGAGCCUUUGUAUGCAAAAUCCUCGAACCCAAUAAAGGUAGCUCCCUUCUCUAUUGUAUUUGCUCACAUCCCAAAUCUAGUUCUCCCUGCUUGCAUGUAGGAGGGCACUAGAUGGAACUAAAUUUGGUGCCAUCUAGUAAUCAUAUAAGUUAGAGAAUUCAAGGGAAACAAUUUUAUCCUUUUUUGUUAGUGAAGUAUAAUUCUUUUUUUUCCUUGUAAACUGCUUUUAAUCAAUAUGAAGUUCUUUCUUUCUAUCUCAAA